UGAGCCACUGUGCCAGGCCUAGCUAAACAGCAAGAAGCCAUGAAGAAGCUUUUUUGUAACUGUAAUAGAAAGGGACUCCUGGUUCUUAGAACUUUCCAUCUACUUAUUUAAUCCUUGGAAAAACCCUAUGAGGGAGGUAUGAUUUAUGAUUCUUACCAUGUCCUCAUUGUACACAUAACAGAAGUGAGGCACAGAGAGGGUUUUUAAUAUCCCCAAGGUUACACAGCUGGUAAAUAUCAUUUCUAGGAAUUAAACCCAGAUACUUGACUUGAGAGCCCUCAUAUGCUGUUACAUUGCCUCAUUUCCUACUGUCUCUGCCAUCAGAAAUCCUUGUAGCAGGAAUGCUGCACUUGUGCAGACUGUUCACUGCCCAGUGGCACUGAACUAUCAUGCCAUUUAGUAGCUGGAAUACAGUCCAUGUUCUGCUUACCAAGCUGUAAGUGGCUAUACCUGUCUGAAUGUAGGGCUAUUUCUGUAAUUUCCUCAUAUGUCCACGUGGGCUAACAGCAGGCUUGUGUCUCAUGGCGUCUUUGGUCUUCCCCAGUUAUGCCAUCUCGGGACUGUGACCUUCCCCAGAAAGAGCAGGAGAAAAUGACCAAGUUUCAGGAGGCUGUGACAUUCAAGGAUGUGGCUGUGGUCUUCUCCAGGGAGGAACUGCGACUGCUGGAUCUUACCCAGAGGAAGCUGUACCGAGAUGUCAUGGUAGAGAACUUCAAGAACCUGGUUGCAGUGGGGCAUCUUCCCUUCCAACCAGAUAUGGUAUCCCAGUUGGAAGCAGAAGAAAAGCUUUGGAUGAUGGAAACAGAAACCCAAAGAAGCAGCAAGCAUCAAAAUAAGAUGGAGACACUCCAAAAAUUUGCAUUAAAAUACCUUUCAAAUCAAGAGCUGUCCUGCUGGCAAAUCUGGAAACAGGUUGCAAGUGAAUUAACCAGGUGUCUUCAGGGGAAGAAUUCCCAGUUACUACAAGGUGACUCUCUUCAGGUUUCUGAAAAUGAGAACAGUAUAAUGAACUCUAAAGGAGAUAGCUCUAUUUGUAUUGAAAAUCAAGAGUUUCCAUUUUGGAGAACCCAGCAUUCUUGCAGGAAUACAUAUCUGAGUGAGUCACAGAUUCAGAGUAGAGGUAAGCAAAUUGAUGUGAAAAAUAACCUGCAUAUACAUGAAGACUUCAUGAAGAAAUCACCAUUUCAUGAGCAUAUUAAAACUGACACAGAACCAAAACCCUGCAAAGGUAAUGAAUAUGGCAAAAUCAUUAGUGAUGGCUCCAAUCAGAAAUUACCCUUAGGAGAGAAACCCCAUCCAUGUGGUGGGUGUGGAAGGGGCUUCAGUUAUAGCCCAAGGCUUCACCUUCAUCAGAAUGUUCACACAGGAGAAAAAUCCCUCGGUCAAAGCUCACAUCUGCAAACUCAUCAGAGAAUUCACCCAGGAGAGAAACUCAAUAGAUGUCAUGAAUCUGGUGAUUACUUCAAUAAGAGCUCUUUUCAUUCUUAUCAACCUAAUCAUACAGGAGAGAAGUCUUAUAGAUGCGACAGUUGCGGCAAGGGAUUCAGUAGCAGCACGGGUCUUAUCAUUCAUUACAGAACUCAUACUGGAGAGAAACCGUAUAAAUGCGAGGAAUGUGGUAAAUGCUUUAGUCAAAGUUCAAAUUUUCAGUGCCAUCAGAGAGUCCACACUGAAGAAAAACCAUACAAAUGUGAAGAGUGUGGUAAGGGCUUCGGUUGGAGUGUUAAUCUCCGUGUUCACCAGAGGGUCCACAGGGGUGAGAAACCCUAUAAAUGUGAGGAAUGUGGUAAGGGCUUCACUCAGGCUGCACAUUUUCACAUCCAUCAGAGAGUCCACACUGGAGAGAAACCCUACAAAUGUGAUGUGUGUGGUAAGGGCUUCAGCCACAAUUCACCAUUAAUAUGCCAUCGGAGAGUCCACACUGGAGAGAAGCCAUACAAGUGUGAGGCAUGUGGGAAAGGCUUUACCCGUAAUACAGAUCUGCAUAUUCAUUUCAGAGUUCACACGGGAGAGAAACCCUAUAAAUGUAAGGAGUGUGGUAAGGGCUUCAGUCAGGCCUCAAAUCUUCAAGUACAUCAAAAUGUCCACACUGGGGAGAAAAGAUUCAAAUGUGAAACGUGUGGGAAGGGCUUCAGUCAGUCCUCAAAGCUUCAAACCCAUCAGCGAGUCCACACUGGAGAGAAACCAUAUAGAUGUGAUGUGUGUGGUAAGGACUUCAGUUAUAGUUCAAAUCUUAAACUACACCAAGUAAUUCACACUGGAGAAAAACCAUAUAAAUGUGAGGAAUGCGGGAAGGGCUUCAGUUGGAGAUCAAAUCUUCAUGCACAUCAAAGAGUUCACUCAGGAGAAAAACCCUAUAAAUGUGAGCAGUGUGAUAAGAGCUUCAGUCAGGCCAUAGAUUUUCGGGUACAUCAGAGAGUCCAUACUGGAGAGAAGCCAUACAAAUGUGGUGUCUGUGGCAAGGGCUUCAGUCAGUCCUCUGGUCUUCAAUCCCAUCAGAGAGUCCACACGGGCGAAAAGCCAUACAAAUGUGAUGUGUGUGGAAAGGGCUUUAGAUACAGUUCACAGUUUAUAUACCAUCAGAGAGGCCACACUGGAGAAAAACCUUACAAAUGUGAAGAGUGUGGGAAAGGCUUUGGUAGGAGCUUGAAUCUUCGUCACCAUCAGAGGGUCCACACGGGAGAGAAACCCCAUAUAUGUGAGGAGUGUGGUAAGGCCUUCAGUCUCCCCUCAAAUCUUCGAGUCCACCUGGGUGUUCACACCAGGGAAAAACUCUUUAAAUGUGAAGAGUGUGGUAAAGGUUUCAGUCAGAGUGCACGUCUUGAAGCCCAUCAGAGAGUCCACACUGGAGAAAAACCAUACAAAUGUGACAUAUGUGAUAAGGACUUCCGUCACCGUUCACGUCUUACGUAUCAUCAGAAAGUCCAUACUGGUAAAAAGCUUUAGAAAUGAGAAAUGUUUUACCAACUGUUGUCUGCACAUCUUCAAGUUUUUGGAGAGUCUAUGCUGGUGGUAAACCCUAUAAAAUUACUGAGAGUGGAAGGGGGUUUGUUUACACUUGGAAUCUUUCUAACAAAUCCAUCAAGACGAUAACAGAACCAUGAACAGGAAUAGAACUCGUAUUUAGGGGAGAAACAGGGCUUGUGGCUCUCUUGGUAAGAUCUAGUUAAUAUAAAUGAUCACCUUUCAAUGUGAAUAUAUGCCUGAAGAUAAUGUGUGGAAGGAUAUUUGCCAUAUGCUAACUGGUUUUUUGGCCAGGGAGAGUUUUGGGUUAUUAUCCCUUUUCUUUAAUUUUCAUUUUAUACUUACAGUGAUCAUUAUUUUCAUAAAAGCUGUAAAGCUAUGAAAAAUGAAUAAAAUUACUGACUAAAAAUGUUCUGUA